UCACUGCCGCUCCCUCCCUGUGCUCCACAGACAGUCAUCGCCUGCAUGGCCAUGCUGAACAAGAACAUGGCCGACGAGGAUGCGGUGGGUUGCCUGGUGGUGGGCACGGAGAACAUGGACGUCUGCAUCCUGGACCCUGAGGCCUUCACCAUCCAGGCCAAGGUGGGACUGCCGAGCGUGCCGGUAUUCCUGGAUGUCAGUGGGCAGUUUGAUGUGGAGUUCAGGAUCAUCGUUGCCUGUCGGAACGGGAACAUCUACAUUGUCCGCAGGGACUUGAGGCGGCCCAAACACUGCAUCGAGCUGAACUGCCAACCGGUGGGGCUGGUGAGGGUCAACAAGAACAUUGUUGUUGGCUGUGGGAAGGAGACCCUUCACUCCUACACCCAGAAGGGCAAGAAGCUGUGGACCGUCUACCUGCCCGCUCCCAUUAUGACCAUGGGUCUGAUGGACCAUAAAUCCAAGGGGUUCCAGGCGGUUUUGGUGGCCCUCGGUAACUCAGAGAUCCACCUGUACCGGGACAAGAACCUCAUCAACGUCACCAAAACUCAGGACGUGGUGACCAGUUUGUGUUUCGGCAAGUACGGGCGGGAAGAUGGCACCCUCAUCAUGACCACCAAAGGUGGGGGUCUGUUGGUCAAGAUCCUGAAGAGGACGGCGGUCUUUGAGGAGAAGGACACGAGUCCCGGACCGCCCGUGGCUCAGAGCAUCAAGCUCAACGUGCCGAAGAAAACCAAGCUCUACGUGGAUCAGACGCUGCGGGAACGGGAGAACGCCGUGGCCAUGCAUCGAACCUUCCAGAUGGACCUGUGCCGACUGCGCCUCAGUGCGGCGCGGGCUUACGCCAAGGCCCUGGAGAACAGCAUGGCGCCCGUCUCCACCGACCUUGCCGAGCCGCUGAAGCUGAACGCCACGGUGCAGGGCAUCGGCCCCUCCUUCAAGCUGACGCUCAACGUGCAGAACAUGUCCGCCGCCCGGCCUGUCAUCGACCUUCUCGUCAGCUUCCUCUACGACCAGAGCCUCUACUCCAUCAGGAGGAGCUUCUUCAAGGUCCCCAUGCUGGUGCCCGGCCUGAUGUAUCCCAUCGAGACCUUCGUGCAGUGUCUGAGCGACAAAGGGAUUUCAGACAUCAUCAAGGUGUUCGUGCUGCGUGCGGGGAACGCGGCCCCUCUGCUCACCGCCCACAUCAACAUGCCCGUGAGCGAGGGGCUGGCGCUGGGCUGAGGGGCCCCCACCCUGGGGUGGAGAAGGUAGCGGGGCGCCGGGGGUGCACGGAUCUAACCCCCCCUCCCCUCCCCCCCGACCUCCCCCGCCCUCCCUUGUCCCGCCCCCGGCAGUCGAGAAUCUCACCGCCCCCCCACCCUCCGCCGCCGAUCGGCUUGCCUGCUGCCGUUCCCCGACCCGGCUCAUUGCCGGCCAGGUGGGUGCUUGCCGUGUACUGUUCGGCUGCCACGGUCGAGGUCACAGAGUCCCACAGCGUGGAAACAGGCCCUUCGGCCCAACUUGCCCACUCCGGCCAAUUUCCCUCCAAACCUGUCCUAUCCAUGCACCCGUCCAAACGUUGCUUAAAUGUUGCGGUCAACCCUGCCUCAACUACCUCCUCCGGCAGCUCGUUCCAUACACCCACCACCCUUUGUUUAAAAAAAGUUACCCCUCAGGUUCCUGUGAAAUCUUUUCCCCUCUCACCUGUUGGCGUUUCAGGUCCAGACCCUUCUUCUGAAGAAGAAGUCGCCCGUUCCUUCACUCCAGAGACGCUGCCUGUCCCCGCUGAGUUAUCCCAGCAUUCUGUCUCUCUCUUCGGGGUCAACCAGCAUCUGCGGUUCUCUCCCCGCACAGAUCCUGGGCGGUCGGACCUCCGACUUCUCCCGCCGAUUCCCCCCCCCGUCCGUCUCCCCUUUCUACUGCGCCGUUCCCUAUCUUCUCCACCCGAGCGGAUGCAAGUCUGUUGUACAGAGAACGUAACUAUCUUGAAUGUAACGUAGAAUUAAAAAAGUGUUGCAAACAC